UGCUCUGGCACUUCACUAUAUAGGACUCUUCCUUUAACACCGCCCGUCGCGCACAAAGGCGGAGGAGAGCACGGAGAGGCAGCUAAACGUUUGAAGACGCCAAGCAGAAAAGGUCAAAAUGUUUAUAUUAUUUUUGAAAAGGGUGGUGCUGAGUGCUCCUUUCCGCCUGAUUGGCUGAACUUGACAGUGAUUGACGUGCAUCCAUGGCAACCGGGCAGCCAAUCUGCCAAGUCCAAUAGGAAAUCAUCGGAGGGGGCUUGACUGUCUUUUUCUCUCCCCCCUCCUUAAAAAUACAUCUCAGCUCGGGCUUUAAUUCUUUCGUACAUUCAAUCCCAGCAUACCUUGAAAAAUAGACUACACCGCCGCAGUGGCUUUAAUUUUUCCCCUUGCACCUUCAGCCCUUUGCCUGCCAAGUUUGCCAAGCCCAGAGGAUGCGGUAGCCGGCCCCCACGCAGCAUUGUCCCUCCUCUGUGGCGUUUUUGGCGUGUGCGUUUUUUCACGGCUGGUCAGACGAUUGGUUCGAUAACUUUGGGAUUGCCUUGUUUUCUGGGUUGUCUUGGAUUGCCUCGGCGCACGGGAAGAAGAAGCGGAGGACUCGGCGCGGAGGAGAGAGAGAGAGAGAGAGGAGAGAGGAGAGGAGAAAGGAGGGGGAGAGGGAAACACGGGAGAAGCCUCCAUGUUUCAGUUGCCCAUCUUGAAUUUCAGCCCCCAGCAGGUCGCCGGGGUCUGCGAGACUCUGGAGGAGAGCGGGGAUGUCGAGCGCCUGGGCCGCUUCCUCUGGUCGCUGCCCGUCGCGCCAGCGGCCUGCGAGGUCCUCAACAAGAACGAGUCGGUGCUCAGGGCCCGGGCUGUCGUCGCGUUCCACACUGGCAAUUUCCGUGAACUCUACCAUAUCCUGGAGAACCACAAGUUCACCAAAGAGUCGCAUACGAAGCUGCAGGCGCUGUGGCUCGAAGCGCACUACCAGGAGGCUGAGAAGCUGCGGGGCCGCCCGCUGGGACCGGUGGACAAAUACAGGGUGCGGAAGAAGUUUCCCCUGCCCAGAACCAUCUGGGAUGGAGAGCAGAAAACCCACUGCUUCAAGGAGAGAACCCGGCACUUGUUAAGAGAGUGGUAUUUGCAGGAUCCCUAUCCAAAUCCCAGCAAAAAGAGGGAGCUUGCACAGGCUACUGGACUUACACCUACACAAGUAGGAAACUGGUUCAAAAAUCGCAGACAAAGAGACAGAGCGGCGGCCGCGAAGAACAGGCUCCAGCAGCAGGUCCUGUCCGGCGGCUCGGUUCGCUCCCUGGCGGACGAGGAUGGCACCGUGGACCGCCUGGGGAACUCGUCCAGUCCUGAGGCCAGUCUGUCCAGCAAAGCAGCCGCCUCGGCCAUCUCUAUCACCUCCAGCGACAGUGAAUGUGACAUCUGACGGGCAGAUCGAGGGUGUUAAUGAAUUAAAAGGGGAUACGAGUGAAAGACAAUCCAAUAAACAAGUCAUAGUGCCUGCGUUGAGUUAAAAAAAAAAAAGAACAUACACACACACAUACACAUACAUACACACACAAACUAAUAUUUGACGGCUGCCAAAACAUAAAGGGAUCUGUGAUCUGAUCUGCUGCGGACUGCCCGUCCUUAUCCUUUUAGGCCUAUACUUUUGUUUGCGUUUUACCCACGUGCGGAUAACUGAACUUAACACUUGGACGAAACACAUUUCAUGGACUAAUAAGCCAACGCUUCGAGAUGAAACGUUAAAAAAAGAAGAAGAAAAAAUAAGUAAAAGGAAAAAAAGGAAAAAGGGAUGAAGACAUCUACACGCGCCUAACCUGCUGUUCUCUGUGGGUAUUUCAUGUUGAAAAGAACUGUGAUAUUUUUACUUUAAAGUUUUAUAAAUAAUGUUUAUUUGCCUAUUUAAAACGAUCUGCUCUGUCUCUUCGAAUUUCAUAUUCAUUUGCUUGGUGUUUUUAAUACUUACCUUCUACACAGGUAAACCUGUUGAGCAUGCGCGCUUUAGUGAACAUGUGUUUCAGUAAAAAGAAAAAACCCCCGUAAAGAUAACUUAAUAAAAAUAAUUGUUGAUUCAA